AUUCAUUCAGCUAUUCUCUGUUUUGCUUUGAAGAUUGUAAAUAGCUUGUCUGUUUUUCCAAGUGUUGAACAUAAGAAGCCUGCAGUCCCAAAGGAAAAGACUAAAAAAAGGAAAGAGUGCAAACCCAAAUACAAACCACUCACUGGAACUGAGGUAGUUAAUAUAUUAGCCAAGAAAAAGCAUCUGGGGGAACGUGAAUUUUACUACUUGAAGGCUUCUGAAGAUGGUCCUUACAGGCCAUAUGACUUGCGAGUGGUCCCACGCAGUGCAGCGGGCACAGAUUACUACAGCUUUUCCCCCACAACCGUAAUACGUACGCAGGAUGGCUUCUGCGUUGAAAUCAGUACCGUGGCAGAGUGGUAUCGAGAGUCUGUGCUUUGGGGAGCUGUGAGAAGCAUCCCAUUUUUCAGAGAUUAUUUACUGCGCAAGACCUUAAAACGAUGGCACAGAAAUGUACACAAUGUUACUGUCGAACGCAGGAUUGACUGCCUUCCAUCUCAGCUGCUGACAGCAGUGCCCCAGUUCGGGAAUGCCUUAUUACAUAUCUCCAGAUUAAUUGAGGAGCUAAAGCAAGUCAGUUGGCUGCCACAGGAUGAUUUGAGGACUUACACACUCUUAGAUUUCCAAAGCGCACUCCUGGAAAAGAAUCAGACAGCUCAAGUUUCUUUACGUAGUUUCCUACAUUGCCGUUCUGCAAUACUUGAUAUGGUUAAGGAUAAGAGUUACCAAGCACAUCAGGAGCUCCAAAUGAAAGUGGAACACAUAAAGCUCUACCGGAGCAGUCAAUUCCUACACCUUCAGCUCUCUUACUUUAGAAACCUACAGAAAGAACUCAGUAAGGCAGAGCAAGCCAUACAGUCGCUGGGAAACCUCGCUGCUCUAGCUGACCACAUGACUGUUCAAAACCUUGUCACCAUCUCAAAGCAUGAGAUCACAGCAUUCCUAAACAAUGCUUUAAAAAGAGAACGGGAGCAACAGGGUGGUCUCUUCCAGGCAGAGAUUAUAUUUGGAGCAGAUGAUCAGCUUGCUGUUUUUCCUCCAUUGCACUUGUUUCAAGAGGUUUUGCUUGGAGCGGUGUUAUCAGUAGCAGACUCUGUCCUGCAGGUAUUUGACUCCUGCGGUUUGUCAUGUGACUCUAAAGGCUGUUUGCCCACAAGUUGUGUUGAAGACAUCAUGGCAGAAUUUAAAGCCAGAGGUUGUGAAGUAACAGGUCGUUACAGUGUUUCCUCCCAAAUGAAGCGUGAUAUGUCACCCCAAUCUGUAGUGCCUGUCAAAAUGAACCCUCUCAGGGUUCAGGCACAAAGAGUGCGAGGCCAUUAUCAUCCUCUGCCACGGAGACUACUGGAGUGGAACUUAAAAGUUCAUGUUGGAACACAAGAGAUUCAGAAUAAGCAGGAAAAGAUUGCACAGGACGCCAUUACAGAGGUGCACCAGCUGUGUGAGAGCCACUCUUGGUUGAUAGACGUUCAUUUGUUCACCAGUCAGUGGGGUUCAGUCUCUCUAGAGACCUUGCGUGGAUGUUCCCCUCUGAAAUAUGAGGAGCUAAUCAAGAAACUUCAUUUUUGGAUGGACAAAGUUCACAGCAUGCCUCAGUUCUUCACUACAUCAAAUAAGUUGUUUACUCUUGAGUUCUCCAACAUCCAAAAGGAUAUUGGUUCCAUGUUAAUCACCAUUGACCAGGAUGUGCUAAAGCUACUGUGUGAAGAUUUGCAAAUACGCACUGAGAAUCUCACUUCUCAGCUGAAAAGAGCCGUGGAAGUCAUGGAAUCUGAGCCAAACACUUUUCACAAGUUCACAGUUUUUUCAAACAUGGUAUUGACUUUGACAUACUGCUUUGUCAGUGCUGAUCAAUCAGUGUAA